GCUGGCUGGCGGAGGAAGAGGAGGCGUUUGUGAUGAAGCUGUGACUGAACACAAACCACAGAAGAAGAGGACAAACAAACAAACAAACAAACAGAGAGGCGGAACCAUGGGUCAGAGUCUGCCCAGGAGCUCCGCCCACCCGACUCCUCAGGUCAUCCUGAUGGGCCUGGACUCUUCCGGGAAGUCCACCCUGCUGGCCCGGCUGCUGACGGGACAGAUCAUGGACACGUCUCCCACCGUGGGCUUCAACGUGGGAACGCUGACUCUGGACAAGAAGACGUCUCUGACUCUGUGGGACGUCGGAGGACAGAAGACCAUGAGGUCCAACUGGAGGUUCUACCUGGAGGGCUGUAAGGCCCUGGUCUUCGUGGUGGACAGCAGCGACGCCGCCCGCAUGCCCGAGGCCCACAGGGCGCUGAAGAGGGUUCUGGCGGACGGGAACCUGCGGGGCGUUCCUCUGAUGGUUCUGGCCAACAAGAAGGACCUGCCCAACUCCAUGACCAUCAGAGAGGUGUCCCGGCACCUGGAGCUGCCCAGCCUGCGGGACCGGGCGUGGCAGAUCCAGGCGUGCAGCGCGCUGAAGGGGCUGGGCCUGCAGCAGGCCUUCCUGUCCGUCGCCAAGCUCAUCAGGAAGAACUGAGUCCCACGCCGCCGCCGCCGCCGCCGCCGCCGCCGCCGCCGCCACCGCUGACCCAGCUUUAUCGACAUGACAACAUGAUGUCAUGCUGACGCCGUCACAGCGGCAGGUCACAUGACGUCACCGCUGUCGCCAGAGUUUCUU